AUGAGCUACAUUCAUCCCUCAUGGAACUACCCUGGCCAUUCGGGUCUCCCAAUGGACCACACCCUCGCAUACGACCCAAGCAUGGUCCCUCCUCCCAUGAUGCACCCCAUGGACGGCUACUGCUACCCUCACCCGCCCAUGGAGAUGAUUGACUACUACCACCAACCAAUCAUGGACUACGACGAAUACACAGAGAACUUGUCCCGCCCGCGCUUGACAAAGGAGCAAGUUGAGACCCUAGAGAAUCAAUUCCAGGCUCAUCCUAAGCCCAGCAGCAAUGUCAAGCGUCAAUUGGCAGCUCAGACUAAUCUGAGCUUGCCUCGCGUUGCUAACUGGUUCCAAAAUCGACGCGCCAAGGCAAAGCAACAGAAACGCCAGGAGGAGUUUGAGAAGAUGCAAAAAGCCAAGGCCGAGGCGGAGGAGCUGGCUCGUCGCAAGUCGGAGACUUCGGACCAACCGUCGGGGUCUCAGUCCUCUGCUGCCAAGGAGGAGCCGGAGCGUUCCCCGACCCCGAAACAAUCCUCCAGUGUGAAGGCUGAAGGCAGUUCAAAGGCCGAUGAUUUGAAGAAGCAUCAAAAAACGAAGAGUGAGUCUGCCCGCGACGCAACCUUCGCAUCAUUGCAGCGAGCACUGAACGCGGCAGUUGCUGCAAGGGAUCGCUUCACCCGCCGGGACUCGCACACCAAACACAACUCUCCCAUUGAGGAAGAACCGAUCUCUCCCUCGUCGAUGGCUCCGCCGAAGGCCCCUACCGCACAGGACAACAAGGGACAUGCUUCUUACCAGUACCAGGACUGGCCCGAGGUCAAACAAACGACUCAGUGGACAUCCCACGGUCACUCCGAGACUUCUUCUGUCCCUCAGAAUGUGGAUGCAUUCACAGGUGCCCAGUUCUCUCAGCACGAGGACUGGGUUGAGACUCCGAAGGAUCAGCAUAUGCAUGCAGUUGGAUCCGAUGCCGGUCUUGGUUACACAAACAUGCAAUACCCCCUGUCCAUGCAGACUCCCGAUAUCUCCGUCACCCGCCGUGAGUCGUCGAGUGCUCUCACAGCUUCUUUGGAUGGUAUCGGUAUCUGCACACCUGGAUCUUCGGCUAUGUCCCAGUCUUCUAGUCAGGCUGAAGGAUCGUGGAAGGGACCGGGCCAGGAGCUUGAUCUCGCUGCUCGGCGAAAGCGCCCCCGUCCUGCUGCCAUCGGUACUUCCAAUACUCGCUCCCUGGCUGCUUCCACCUCCAUGUCUUCUCUUUCUCCAACUAGCCGCGUGCCUAGUUCGGGUGCUGGUAACUCGAUGAGGCAUUCCAAGUCGGCCCAGUGCCUAAACAACAGAUAUGCCGGUGUUCGCAAGGCUUCGGCGGCCCAGCGCUCUCCUCUCAACUUCACCUUCGCCGAAUCCGGCUCCAUGAAGUCUAGCAAGGCUGAGAUGCUGCGGCCAUCGGUCUCGUCAACGACCUUGGCCCCGCCAACCCCGUUGACCCCUCAGGACUUCCAGCACUUCAUGCCGGCUUCCCCGACCGAUAGCUACUGCUUGUCUGCACAUUCUAAUACUCAGUUCUUCCCCUCCUCUCAGCCCAUGCAAGUAAAUAUUGCCUCACCUCCUACUACUCCCCUGGAUAUCUACUCUCCUUUCACCUACCAGAAUGGCGCCCCGCCGAUGUCGGCUCCGGCUCAAGUCAGCAACUUUCCCGAGUAUGUUAACUGUGACCCGGUUCCCAUGACUGCGCGAAGCUGGGCAGAUACUACUGCUCUCUCCUCGCCGGAAUACCCAGCCGGUCUUCAAGUGCCUCACUCCAGCACCGUCUCACCAAUUGGGUACGAUGGCUCCGUUGACGGCCGCGGGCAUGGUUUUAUGGAACCCGUUUCUGGCUCACCACCCUUGAUUUACUCGAUUGAGGAUGCCGAUAUGCCUAUUUCAACAGGUGCUGGGGAAAGGAAAGCUUCGGAGUUUACUAUGCACGAGUAUCACGAGCAGCCAGAGGCGCACCAUUUCGCCGCUCACCAGAUGGGGUCUGUUCACAAGCCAAAGGCAUACACAUUUGCGAACAACUCCACACCGAGCCACUACCCCUGA